AGCCGCGUGCGCAAGGACAUGUACGUGGAGUCGCUGAGCGGUGGCGCUGGUGGGGGCGCAGGAGGUGGGGGCCGCCCCGAGCUCCCUGAGCCCGAGGGGGCCGUGGUGACACUGCAGCAGAAACUCUACAUCCCCACCAAGGAGUACCCAGACUUCAACUUCGUGGGGAGGAUCCUGGGACCUCGCGGCCUCACGGCGAAGCAGCUGGAGGCGGAGACGGGCUGCAAGAUCAUGGUUCGGGGCAAGAGCUCCAUGCGGGACCGCAAGAAGGAGGAGCAGAACCGCGGCAAGCCCAACUGGGAGCACCUGAGCGAGGAGCUGCACGUGCUGGUCACGGUGGAGGACACUCAGAACCGCGCCGACGCCAAGCUCCAGCGCGCCGUCGCCGAGCUCAAGAAGCUGCUCGUGCCCGCGGCGGAGGGCGAGGACAACUUGAAGAAGAUGCAGCUCAUGGAGCUUGCCAUCAUCAACGGCACCUACCGGGACGGCAACUCCAAAUCACAGGCCAUGCUGGGCUUCUCUCUUGCAGCGGCGCAGGCCCCGUCCCCGCGCCUCAUCGCGGGGCCUCCCCCGCCCCCCGGGAGCGUCAUGACGGCCGCGGCGCUCCGCACGGCCCAGGCCGGGGGGCCCAACGCCCCGCCCCCCGCCACGCCGGCCGCCUCGGCCGCGGCCGCCGCCGCCCUCAUGCCGCUCAUGCGGCCCUUCCAAGGGGCCCCCCCCGCGGGCCUGGUGCCCUCGCCGGGCGACGGCGGCGGCGGCGGCGGCGGCCUCAUCUACACCCCGUACGAGUACUCGUACCCCCUGGCGCACCCCGGCGCAUCCAUCCUCGAGUACCCGUUCGACCCCAGUGCGGUAGUAGGUCUCCACGCGUGUAAAUACGGGAGCCCCCGCCGGGCCGUGUGACGGGACGCUAGUAACAUGCACAGCUGUGUCGGAGCAGAACGCGCUGAUUCACGGACGGCGCUACCAGGGGGGGGAGGGGGGUGGGGGAGCAUGAGUGUUAGGGGGUAGUGUGGGGGGGGUUAGUGUGGGGGGGGGGUAGUGUGGGGGGGGUUAGUGUGGGGGGGGGUAGUGGGGGUAGUGUGUGGGGGGGGUGGUGUUGGAUAAGGAUUUGGGGCGAAGUCGACGCCGCAGAUGUAAAAUAGGAAGGAAAAAGUCACCAAUUCUGGUGGAUUUGCUGUAGCCCAGGGGACACAGGGAGGCUGAGUGUAGCUGUGUGGAGGAGCUGUAGCUGACACGGGGAGGCUGAGUGUAGCUGUGUGGAGGAGCUGUAGCUGACACGGGGAGUCUGAGUGUAGCUGUGUGGAGGAGCUGUAGCUGACACGGGGAGUCUGAGUGUAGCUGUGUGGAGGAGCUGUAGCUGACACGGGGAGUCUGAGUGUAGCUGUGUGGAAGAGCUGUAGCCCAGGGGACACGGGGAGGCUGAGUGUAGCUGUGUGGAGGGGCUGUAGCUGACACGGGGAGCUGUGUGGAGAAUGCCAGUCCAUGGUUGAGUCCCAGAGUGUGUGGGAUGUCCCCACCACCACCUCGGCCACAGCGGCUCUCUCUCUCUCUCUGUCUGUCACGCACAAACGGCGCUGUUUUGUUUUUAUCGCGAGCCAUCUCGAGUACAUUCCACGUUCGGUUGAAUAGCGGAGUCGUGUUAACACGAGAAGUUAGUAGCCCAAUAAUAACGAUAUUAGAAACAUACGUUUAAUAACGCAUAUUGAGUGAAUUGGCUUUUACACCCCCUCCCCCCUUUUUAGAGGUAUAGUUAGCUCGCUGUGGGGGGGGGGGGGGGCUAAGUGUAUUGUUUGCCCCCCACUCUCCACACUUGGAGCCCCCCUCCCUUUCUUCUCAUGCUCAUCCCCUGCAUCUCGAUUCGCACGGUACAGACGCGUGCUUCCCACGUGCUCACCACGUGCUCCCCACGUGCUCCCCACGUGCUCACCACGUGCUUCCCACGUGCUCCCCACGUGCACGUGCUUCCCACGUGAUUCCCAACGUGCUUCCCACGUGCUCACCACGUGCUCCCCACGUGAUCACCACGUGCUUCCCGCGUGCUCCCCACGUGCUUCCCACGUGCUCCCCACGUGAUCCCCACGUGAUCACCACGUGCUUUCCAACGUGCUCACCACGUGCUCCCCACGUGCUCACCACGUGCUUCCCACGUGAUCACCACGUGCUUCCCACGUGCUCCCCACGUGCUUCCCACGUGCUCCCCACGUGAUCCCCACGUGAUCACCACGUGCUUUCCAACGUGCUCACCACGUGCUCCCCACGUGCUCACCACGUGCUUCCCACGUGCUCCCCACGUGCUCCCCUCGUGAUCACCACGUGCUUCCCACGUGCUCCCCACGUGCUCCCCACGUGCUCCACACGUGCUUCCCACGUGCUCCACACGUGCUUCCCACGUGCUCCCCCUCUAUGCGUCGGUCGCGUUCGGUGGGGGCGUUCGGUGGGGGCGGGCGGGGGAUCUCGAGCUGCGGGAGGAUGGUAACUUGUGGUGGGGGGCAGACGACACGAUGACACGAAACAGAAUCCCCGCCAGCCUCCCAACUUGGCCCCCGAUCCUCCCCCGUGUCCAGGGAGAGUGGCACGGCGCCUGAUAGCCACACCACUCCAUACCCACCCCCAGGUGUACACGUGCGUGUGUACGUAUGUGUGUAUACCUAUGUGUGUAUAUCUAUGUGUGUGUACCGAUGUGUGUGUACCUAUGUGUGUGUACCGAUGUGUGUGUACCUAUGUGUGUGUACCUAUGGGUAGGCGGGGGCGUAGCGGUCACUGCACUGCGCUAAGAAACCCGGCGACCCAAGUUUGAUUCCCGCUCACGGCAACCGACUUCCAGUGACGAUUGUCUGAACGGGUCCUGGGCCUCCCUUAGGUCGACUCAGCCGUAAAUGAGUACCUAGUGCGAUGAGUAAACAUCGCCAAACGGGAGACAAAGGCGGCCAGGCGCGGUGUUGACAACCCGCCCCCUCGUGUGCCGUGCCGGCCUUCAUAGGUGCUCGCUAACAGCACUUUCCCCAACAGUCUGUUAAGACCUCGGGGAGGCCCAGGACCGGUUCAGAUAAUCGUCACUGGCGUUGGCCCUGAGCGGGAAUCGAACUCGGGUCGCACGGUUUCGUAGCACAGCGCGCUAACCGCUGCACCACCGCUCCCCCAACACGCACGCGCGCACGUGCACGCGCGUGUGUUGAGACCUGCCCAGGGGUUCUGCACGCGGCAGAUUCCUCCUCUCUGUCACCUUCACACUCGAGGUGGUACAGCUCGGCCCCACGGCCCCCUCGCGUGAGCCGGCUACGUUGUGUGUGCGUCUCUAACCAACUCGUGCUCACGUCUCUACCCCCCCCCCACUACCUCUCUGCCCCCCCACCCACCCUCCCCACUAACUCCCCAACCCUCCCCACUACCAGCUGCAAGGCCACGUUGCUGUGACCGGCUCGGUACUCGUGUGUUGUGUGCGCGUUGUGUCCCAGCCACAGACUGAACUAACUCACCAAUCCAAACUGUGCUCAUGUCCCCCCUCUCUUAGCUUACCCUCUACCACCCACCCACUACCACCCACUACCACCCACUAACUCGAGCUCUCAGUGCUCGCGUCUUUGCUUUGUGUGUCAACAACAAUGAAGGUGCCACUCGCUAACAGGGCUUGCCCCCACAGCCUGUUAAGGCUGACGCGGUGGGAUCUUUGUCUCUGUGUGCGAGUGUGUGAGUGAGUGUGUGUGCGUGUGAGUGAGUGUGUAUUUGCGUGUGUGUGAGUGAGUGUGCGCGUGUGAGUGUGUGCGAGUGUGUGUGUGUGAGUGUAUGUGAGUGUGUGAGUGUGUGUGUGUGAGUGAGUGAGUGUGUGUGAGUGAGUAUGUGAGUGUGUGUGCGUGCGAGUAUGUGAGUGUGUGCGUGUGUGUGAGUGUGUGCGAGUGAGUGUGUGUGAGUGUAUGUGAGUGUGUGUGUUGCGAGCCAUCCAAGCCCAGUUGUGACUGGACCCUGUUCGCUAACCGUGCUUGGUGGUGGUGGUGGUUGUUGUUGUUGUUGCUGCUGCGUGGUGGUGGUGGUGGUGGUGGUUGGCGUACGCCGCAGGAGCCGUGGCGAGUAAACUGCGAAGGCACCACGACCUGCGGGUCCAUCCUUACCAGAGGAUUGUGGCCGCAGACCGAGGUCAGUGGUGCAUGAGCACGUGCGUCCUUGUCGCUUGUCACGUGUUGUGACCCCCCCCCCCCUCACUGGACUCAGUGCAUGCCCCCCCCCAGCCCCCCCCCCCCAAACCACCCAGCCCCCCACCACCAUCUCUGUCUUACAAGUCGACGCGUUCAUUCACUUGGUGUUCCAUUCACUUGGUGUUUCAUUCACGUGGCGUUUCGUUCACUUGGUGUUCGUUCACUUGGCGUUUCGUUCACUUGGCAGCUCCCAGGAAUGUCAGGAUUUGUUUUUUUCUUAAAACUCGUUCACACCUCCACACACCACCGCCGUGGUGUUACUGGGGAUCGCACCGUGGACUUGCGAUCCAGAGGUUCGAUUCCCAUCUCCCUUGGUGCGGCGGCCGAAACGAUUUGGUGGCACAGAUUUCUCUUAGAAAUGAAAUGUCCCAUCCGUGGAAACACGAGCUUCAUAGCUCAUCGGAUUCUGGCAGUCGAAAUAACGAUUCUGAUGUAAAUGGUCACCGCCGCCGCGGUGAAGCCGGCAGGGAUUCUGUGUGGUGGGGAGAAGUGCGGCCACUCCCACCUCCUUCAAGACAUCGUCUAGCACAGCGUGGAAGAGUAGGCCAAUUACCCCCCCCCAGGGGGGCUCUCUCUAAAGGGGGGCUCUCUAGAGAGGGGCUCUUUAGAAGGGGGCUUCUCUAGAGGCAGCGCUUUAGAGCUCCCUCCAGUGGAGGCAGUGUCCGCCAGCAGUGUCGCGAGUGAGCACUUUCACGGCUGCGCCUUUAACUUUCUAGCAGCACCACCGCAUCCUGAAGAAAUGGGUUUCGGUAUUCAGGCAAAUUAAGGGAGAUUUUAACGCCGUAGUUUUAUUGACACGUGCGCGUGUGUGUGUCUGUAUAUAUGUGUACACACAUUCGUUAAUAUCACUCACUGUACGUGGCCUUAAACAAAUAUACAAAUUAUAUAAUAGGCGACGUUUCGGGACAUGGGCCUUCUUCACAGCACAUGGAGAGAGAGAGAGGGCAGAGAGGUAGCGUGAGUGGCUACGAGCCGAAGCCGGCUCUUGACAGCGAUGAGUGUAUCUCGUGGUCUGUAAAGGUCUCAGUCGCAGAUUGGAGCAUUAAAAACCCUCCAGUAGAAUAAUAAUAAUUGGGUUUUCCCCAUUUUUUCUGGCAACAAAACUGAAACCUUUUUACAAGGAAUCACGUCUGCAUUAACCACAAUGCUUGUGGUCAAAAUGCAAGCAAAAAACACACUCUGAUAAUAAAUGCAUUGUCCUUGAAACUGAUUGGUCCACACCAGAGACGGCUUUCUUUUCAGCCUCGUCUCAAUCGGUGCUAGACCAGAGGACGCCAAAAUUCGUACACAGCUCAAAGACAAUGCACUAUCAAAGCAAUGAGAGCUCGGGGUAAGCAUCUACAUCAUGGGACCUCCUUUGCCAGUACCAAAAUAUAAUCAUCGGGUUUUUCCCCUUUUUCCUGGCAAAAAAACUGAAACCUUUUUACGAGGAAUCAUGUGUCUGCAUUAACCACAAUACUUGUGUUCAAGUAUUGUGGUUAAUGCACACGGGUUUUCAGUUUUGUUGCCAGAUAAAAGGGGGGGGGGGGGAAACCCCUAUGAUUAUAUUUUGGUACUGGCAAAGGAGGUCUAAUGAUGUAGAUGCUCACCCUCCAGUAGCAGCGUUACGACUGUGCCCACCGAGGAGUGGCUCGUACAACGCGUAACGGCGCAAUGCCCCCGAUCCACAAACACGAAGCAGACAUCACGACGAUGAACCACUCCGCUACUCCUGACGCGGCUGUCUGAGCUUGACCCCCUGGACGUGGCAGGGCAGUUGGCGCUCUGCAUCUCCGCGCAUCAAGCGCCGCGCGAAAGAAUGAGGUUCGCUUCGUUGUGACAUCGGCGCCCUCUGGUGUCGAUUACAAACUCCACUCGGGACCCCCCCCCCCCCUCCCGGUGUAAGCCAGAGGUCGCAAACGGGUUUUGAUUCCUUACCCGUACCCGGCCGCACCAGGGUCGCAAAUGGGUACCCGUACCCGUACCCGGCCGGGUAUGAGUACCCGUUCCCUACCCGUACCCUACCCGAAAUGAGUGACAAACGGUUACUCACCAGUGACUCACGGCCUACCCGUACCCGUACCCGGCCGCACCAGGGUCGCAAACGGCUACCCGUACCCGUGCCUGGCCGGGUACGGGUAGCCGCGUAUCGGGUAGGGUACGGGUAUCGGGUACCCGGUUGCGACCUCUGGUGUAAGCCUCGCCUGACUUGCCACUUGAGGCGCCCUCCCUUCGUCAGAUCUUACACGUAUCGGCGUCGCGGAGAUUUUACCCAAACAAUUAUUUCCGACAGCGGACAACUUUUCCUUUUUCCUUUCUUCAAAUGUUCCCCGAUUCACGAUCGCGCGUUUGACCAGCGUGGAUUCCACAUUGGCCGUGGAUCAAAUGGCGCCCCCACAGGCGCGUGGCAUUUUACACAAAGAUCCCCCCCAGUAUAGCCUUCGUAUUGUUGGGGCAAGUGCUGUUAGCGAGCACCUAUUGCACAGACACACGUGUGUGUCUGUGCGCGUGCGUGGUGCUGGCCACCCACCCCCUCGUGUGCCGUGCCGGCCUUCACAGGUGUUGCUACUCGUGAACAGCACUUGCCUCGCCCCCCCCCCUACCGCCGAUUAAGGCGAUACGGGGGAUCGCUGCCUUCGUGUGUUCGUGGGAAUCUCUCUCGGGAUGAAACGCCAAUUGACGUGAUCCACAGGCUGGUUGUUCAUCCAUUCUCGCCUGCGCGCGAGCUCACUGCAUGUGUCGCACUUGCCGCAGUCGAGCGUUCAUCAUUGCACCUCUCAUCACCUCCCGAGUCCCAACCUGUCAUCACCUCCCAAGUACCAACUUCUCAUCAUCUCCCGAGUACCAACUUCUCACCUCCCGAGUACCAACCUCUCAUCAUCUCCCGAGUACCAACUUGUCAUCACCUCCCGAGUACCAACUUCUCAUCACCUCCCGAGUACCAACUUGUCAUCAUCUCCCGAGUACCAACUUGUCAUCAUCUCCCGAGUACCAACCUCUCAUCACCUCCCGAGUACCAACUUGUCAUCACCUCCCGAGUACCAACUUCUCAUCAUCUCCCGAGUACCAACUUGUCAUCAUCUCCCGAGUACCAACCUCUCAUCACCUCCCGAGUACCAACUUGUCAUCACCUCCCGAGUACCAACUUGUCAUCAUCUCCCGAGUACCAACUUGUCAUCACCUCCCGAGUACCAACUUCUCAUCAUCUCCCGAGUACCAACUUGUCAUCAUCUCCCGAGUACCAACUUCUCAUCAUCUCCCGAGUACCAACUUGUCAUCACCUCCCGAGUACCAACUUCUCAUCAUCUCCCGAGUACCAACUUCUCAUCAUCUCCCGAGUACCAACUUCUCAUCACCUCCCGAGUACCAACUUGUCAUCACCUCCCGAGGGCCAACUUCUCAUCAUCUCCCGAGUACCAACUUCUCAUCACCUCCCGAGUACCAACUUCUCAUCAUCUCCCGAGUACCAACUUCUCAUCACCUCCCGAGUGCCAACUUGUCAUCACCUCCCGAGUACCAACUUCUCAUCACCUCCCGAGUACCAACUUCUCAUCACCUCCCGAGUACCAACUUGUCAUCACCUCCCGAGUGCCAACUUGUCAUCACCUCCCGAGUACCAACUUCUCAUCAUCUCCCGAGUACCAACUUGUCAUCACCUCCCGAGUACCAACUUCUCAUCAUCUCCCGAGUACCAACUUGUCAUCACCUCCAGAGUACCAACUUCUCAUCACCUCCCGAGUACCAACCUCUCACCAUCUCACAAGUACCAACCUCUCAUCCUAUACCCUUGCCUCCAUCCCAUUGACUGCCCCCCCUCUCCCCCCGCCACUGUGUGCGAUAUCUUCCAUGUGAAGACACCUGCUGACGCUCGUGUCGACGUCUUCGUCACUGUGCCUGGCUACAGCUGCCUUAUCACUCCGUUGCGGCCCUUGUCCUGUAUCCGAUGGCGUGAAUGUAACCGUAGCAGUAGAGAGAGAAUGGUGACUGGACACUCGAUGCCUUCAUUGCCUGAGAGGCGCUUCCUUCCCCUCCACUGUACCGCCCGCUGCGCUUUUAUCCACCCGGUGCGCUCCGCUCGUUGUUGUGAGCUUCGCCUCGGUUGUUGUUGUUGUUGUUGUGGUUGCCUCCGAUGCUACGACUACUGAGAAACAGCGGCCCGUCGCAGAGACGAGGCCGAGUCGUUGUCACUGUUGCGGGAUAGUUGCAUUAUGCUGGCUACGAUCGCGGUACGCGCAGGAUCGUUCUGCGCGCCCGUGGGCAGACCUAGAGAUAGCGGAGUCGAGCGUGUUAGUCCAUCAGCUGCCCCGUGCCGAUAAUAUCCGGCAGCGUUUGUGUCCGCGAGCCGUGGCAAGGGGACCCAUUGGCUCGUGUCAGAGGAGCUCCCAACUCCCGCUGAUGAAAUCGGUGCAGAUGAUUGUUUGGUUGAAACAGAUGCUGGUCGAUACUAUUGGUCUCGAAGCCAGGAGCUGAUGAGUAUUAUUCUUGUUGUUGUUGUUUUGUGUUGUUGUUAUUAUUGCCGAGCGAACUGCAGAUACAGAGAGAUGAUUCUAUAUUUCACACAUCGUGUUAUACUGUGUGUUCACUGUCAUGUGCGUGAAUGACACAUUGCUCCUCCACCCGCCGACCCACCCACCCGCUCACCCACCCGCUCACCCAUCUACCCAUCCAUCCACUCACUCACCCGCAGACGUACGAACCCACUCACUCAGCCACUCACCCACCCGCUCACCCACCUACCCAUCCAUCCACUCACUCACCCGCAGACGUACGAAUCCACUCACUCAGCCACUCACCUACCCGCUCACUCACCUACCCGCUCACUCACCUACCCGCUCACUCACCUACCCCUCUAUCCACUCACUCACCCGCCGACCCACCCACCCACUCACCCACCUACCCAUCCAUCCACUCACUCACCCGCAGACGUACGAAUCCACUCACUCAGCCACUCACCUACCCGCUCACUCACCUACCCGCUCACUCACCUACCCGCUCACUCACCUACCCCUCUAUCCACUCACUCACCCGCCGACCCACCCACCCACUCACCCACCUACCCAUCCAUCCACUCACUCACCCGCAGACGUACGAACCCACUCACUCAGCCACUCACCUACCCGCUCACUCACCUACCCCUCUAUCCACUCACUCACCCGCUCACCCACCAACCCAAUCAGACACUCACCCACGCGCUCACUCACCUACCCCUCUAUCCACUCACCAAACUGCUGACCCACCAACGCACUCAUCCACCCACUCACCCGCCAAUACCCCUACCCACACGCUCACCCACUCACUCACUCACUCGGCAAGCUGCUCACGCACUCACUCGACCACCAGCUCACCAACUCACCCACCCGCACUCACCCGUUCGCCUGCCCUGCCUGCCUGCCUGUCCCCCUACUCGAGAGGCCCUGGCCCUGCUGUAGGCGCCGGUGAUGGGUGAUGGGUGAUAGGCGAUAAUGAUGGUGGUGAUGGUAGUGGUGGUGGGUGAUGGUGGGUGAUGUGUGGUGAUGGUGGAGGUUGCAGGGGGAUGCCCCCCGGCUGGUGGAGGUCCCAGCGGUGUGGUCAUUAUAUCGCACCGAGGUCUCGAGUCAUUUUGAAACAGAAUUUUUGUUUUCAUUUAAAAAUAAAAGUUCCCAUAGCGUAA